CAAAAAGCUAACAUGGCUCCAGAGCGAUUGAGGAGCCGGGUGCUCUCUGCUUUCAAGCUUCGCGGCUUACUGCUCCGGGGCGAAGCUAUAAAAUACCUCACAGAAGCUCUUCAGUCUAUCAGUGAAGUAGAAUUUGAAGAUGCACUCGAAAAAAUCAUCGAUGCAGUUGAAAAGCAACCCUUGCCAUCUAACAUGAUCGAACGAUGCGCAGUGGAAGCAGCAGUCCAGGAGUGCAGUCAGUUGGUGGAUGAAACCAUAGAACAUAUUUUCAAUAUCAUAGGAGCAUUUGAUAUUCCACGCUUUGUGUACAGUUCAGAAAGAAAAAAAUUUCUUCCUCUAUUAAUGACCAACCACCCUGCACCAAAUUUAUUUGGAACAGCAAGAGAUAAAGCAGAACUGUUUCGUGAACGAUACACCAUUUUGCACCAGAGGACGCACAGACAUGAACUGUUUACUCCUCCAGUGAUAGGUUCUCACCCUGAUGAAAGCAGAAGCAAAUUCCAGCUUAAAACAAUAGAAACCCUAUUGGGCAGUACAACGAAAAUUGGAGAUGUAAUUGUUCUUGGGAUGAUAACACAGUUAAAAGAGGGAAAAUUUUUUCUGGAGGAUCCAACGGGAACAGUACAACUGGAUCUUAGUAAAGCUCAGUUUCACAGUGGUUUAUAUACAGAGUCAUGCUUUGUCUUAGCAGAAGGUUGGUUUGAAGAUCAAGUGUUUCACGUCAAUGCCUUUGGAUUUCCACCCACUGAGCCCUCUAGUACUACUAGGGCAUACUAUGGAAAUAUUAAUUUUUUUGGAGGGCCUUCUAAUACAUCUGUGAAGACUUCUGCAAAACUUAAACAACUAGAAGAUGGGAAUGAAGAUGCCAUGUUUGUGUUUCUAUCUGAUGUUUGGUUGGACCGAGCAGAGGUGCUGGAAAAACUUCACACCAUGUUUUCCGGUUAUUCACCAGCCCCUCCAACCUGCUUUAUUCUCUGUGGCAAUUUUUCAUCUGCACCAUAUGGAAAAAAUCAAGUUCAAGCUUUGAAAGAAUCCCUAAAAGCUUUGGCCGACAUAAUAUGUGAAUAUCCCAAUAUUCACCAAAGUAGUCGUUUUGUGUUUGUACCUGGUCCAGAGGAUCCUGGAUUUGGUUCCAUCUUACCAAGGCCUCCACUUGCUGAAAGCAUUACUAAUGAAUUCAAAAAAAGAGUGCCAUUUUCGGUUUUUACUACUAAUCCUUGCAGAAUUCAGUAUUGUACACAAGAAAUUAUUGUGUUUCGGGAAGACUUAGUGAAUAAAAUGUGCAGAAACUGUGUCCGUUUUCCUAGUAGUAAUUUGGAUAUUCCUAGUCAUUUUGUAAAGACUAUCUUAUCCCAAGGACACCUGACUCCUCUACCCCUCUAUGUCUGCCCGGUGUACUGGGCUUAUGAUUUUGCUUUGAGAGUGUAUCCUGUGCCUGAUCUACUUGUCAUCGCAGACAAAUAUGAUCCUUUCACUUUGACCAAUACCGAAUGUCUCUGCAUAAACCCAGGCUCUUUUCCAAGAAGUGGAUUUUCAUUCAAAGUUUAUUAUCCUUCCAAUAAGACAGUAGAAGAUAGCAAACUUCAAGGUUUUUGAAAUUCUAGAAGACCAUCUGAAGAAACAAAAUUCAUCAAUAUUUUGCUUAAUUUUAUAUUUU